AUGACUGAAACAUGCAAGUCAAUUACUAAGUCAUGUCGUUCCGAUAAUGUGAAGGAAUGGAUUGGAUUCUUCCGAAAUGUUAGACAUACCAGACAAUAUUCCCUUCCAAGGGGACAAUUUCCCACAUUCCCAACUGAAGUAAGCCCUCUCAAAGUCGAAAACGAUGCAAAAGAUUGGUUCUAUUUUAACGUUUUAGCGCCUGUCAACGCAUUAUUAUCACUACAAGGAACAAGAUUCCCCUCUGGGAAAUUGAUACCAGAGUCAAAUAACGAAUCCAAAAAUUUAAAUUUAAGGAAAGGAUCUUAUCGCAGCCAACUUGCUUUUAAUGAUAAUGCUGAUAAAAAAUUGACUCAUAUACCAUUAGACAAUUUUUCAUUUAGUGAUGAUGAUGACUUUAAUGACUCAAAUUACUCUAAUUAG